GGGUAGGUACCUACUUACCUCGGUAGAGAAGUACCCAUAGAUAAUGUCAAAAGAGGCAAGGGAAGGGAGAAACAAGCAAAAAGAGUCCGUAGACGGACAGAAUUACCUGAUGAAAGGCAGUUGACCUUCGAUCUUUCACACUCCUCGAUCUUCUUCCUUUCUUCCUUUUCUUUUCCUGAAUUUAACAUAGUUAUUCGACCAUGGCGGGAACCAUCAUCCUCACUGGAGCUAAUAGCUCCCUGGGAACUCCUGCUGUAGAACAUCUCAUCCAAAACUAUGGCGACUAUACAGCCAUCCUGACAGUGAGAGAUGCCUCCGAUGCCGAUGUCAACACAAAUCGACUUCGUCAGGUUAUUUCUCAAUAUCCACGUGCCAAGGCAUACAUCUAUGCUCUCGAUCUUUCUAGUCUCUCUGCUACCCACGCCUUUACCCGUGAAAUUGCAUCUGAGAUUACAAACGGAAGGUAUCCCCGCUUGUCAGCCAUCAUCUGUAAUGCGUACUACUGGAAUUUGGUCGGUGAUCCAGAACUGACUGCGGACGGCUUCGAUAAAACCAUGCAGGUCAACCAUAUUUCCCAUGCUUCUCUUGUCCUUCAACUCCUAGGCAGUUUUGGAAUCGACGGUCGCAUAAUACUACUAUCCAGUGACUCUCGCUGGCCCGGGAAGAACCCAAUGGAAAAGUAUCCGCCGUCUAUCCCAGACGAUUUGAGUCUUCUUGUGAGACCCGACGUCGACGAUGACAAGCAAGGUCGUGGUUAUCAGAGGUAUGCUACGUCGAAAUUGGCGAUAGUAACAUGGAUGUACGCGCUCAACCGAUAUCUUCAAAAGGACCCAAACCUCAACAAAGUAACUACUGUAGCUAUCAACCCUGGGAACAUGGUCGACUCGCGUGCUCUUCGCAGCAAUACUCCAAUUAGCAUGCAUAGGAUGCAGACAUGGGUUUACAAGCCCUUACUUCCCUUACUUCAACUCAUGACCCCCACCCUACGUUCUGCAGCCCCGGCGGGAGUCGACGUCAUCGAACUAGCUAUUAGCCCGACGUAUGCCGGCCAACAGGGCUUCUUCACGCUUCUGCAGAAAGACGAGAGCUCACCGGAAAGUAAUAACGAGGUAAAGCAAGAGAGUUUAUGGAAACAAACACUACAAUGGGCUCAGGUUACACAGGAGAACACAGCUUUGCGGACUACAUUCAAGUGACCUGCGCAAGCCGUUAAUCCAUUCUUGGGAACUUGGAUAAUUGGAUAUGGGCGUAAUUUCAAGGACAGAAUAUAGGGGAGCAGAUUGUAAGUUUCCCUUUUAUAUCGCUUUUACGUAUUUUCC